UAAAUAGGCGUGCAGCACAGCGUUACUAGUCACCACAGCUUAGAUAGCCCGUGAAGCAACAGUGUUUCCAAGAUUUGACGGUAUAAGUACAACAUGGCCAAAUUAGAAGCUUUACCUCUCAAUGGCCCUGCCUACCUAGAAUCCAUAGACGAGUUUAACGCUAAGCUCUCAACGCAUCAUUCCACGUGGAAUUGCAUCGAUCAGCACAUGCGUCCCAUGUUGGAAAGGUUCUUCAAAGAUCGUCCUUCACAAUUCCRCAUUUUAAGCAUGGGGGCUGGAGAUGGCUUUUGUGAUUUCCCAUUCAUUGAAAUGAUGAUAAAAGCAUUCGGAGAUGAAACUAAAAAGCCUGAAUUCGUUGAGCGUGCAGUCGAACCAGACAAAAGUCAAGUGGAAGUUUUCCGAACCAAUGAGAAGAAGUUUGUCGAAAGAUUAAAGAUCAAAGCCGACUUUGAAUUUCUUCCCAUCAGCUUCCAAGAAUACAUGAAGCCCAAUAAGAAAGACGAUGGURCGAAGUUUGACAUCAUUCAUUUUCUGCACAGCAUCUACUAUGUCGAUGAUCUUGAAACCGCCCUGAAGUAUUGCUACGAGAAAGAGCUCGGAGACAAAGGUGUGAUAAUUGUCAACGUAGGAGGCCUUGAGUGGAGCAAGUAUAGAUCAACGUUUUCGCCCUUGGGUGUGGUCCUCGCUCCAAAAUCGUACACAAACCACGUGGAAAUCGCUGAAGUGGCCAAAAAGAAUGGCUGGAAAUAUGCUGAAUGUGAUGGCAACUUAAUCAGCGCCAACGUAACAACAAUAUUUGAUCCCGUUUCCAAGGAAGGCAAUCGUUUGCUGAACUUUCUAACUCAGCUUGUCAGCGUUAGACAGACAGCAAGCCCUGAGAUGAUGCAGAAGAUUCUCAAGUAUUGGGAGACGGAAUCACCCGAGGAUGACCAAGGCAGAAAAAUAUUCAAUUUCUCUGUAAAAACUGUCUUGAUUUUCAAAGAAUAGAUACGGAACAGAACGAUUAAAGCAAUUAUUUGUCAAAUUUGAAUGCAAGUCACUCUAGUAAUAAAAUAAAUUUCUUGCUGUCGA